CAAGAGUGGCGGCUUUAACAUUGGGCACUGUUUAUACGUACAAUUGUGUUGUAAUAAACUAUUCUGUGGUUUUGGUAGUUUUUUUUUUGCAGGUUGAUGUCUGUUUGGGCUGUCAAGGGGUUUUCGACGAUGCUGAAGAUAAGUGUGUUAUGCGUUUGUGUGCUAUCCCUGGCAUCAGCACUGACCUGUCCUGACAGUGGCCUAUGUGACAACAGUAACACAUGUUGCCAGACUGCUUCUGGAGUGUAUGGAUGGUGCCCAUUACCAAAUGCUGAAUGCUGUGGGGAUCAUUUGCAUUGCUGCUUUGCUGGCAUGCUGUGCGACCUGGAACAUUCACACUGUUCCAAUGCGAGCCACACCCUGCCCUGGCUGCGCAGGAUUCCAGCAGAAGUACCCCUAUUCCCACAGGCCUGGUCCUGCUUAGAUGGUGGGCAGUGUUGUCCUGAUGGAUACCAUCUCAGUGAUGAUGGAGCUUCCUGCACUAAGAAUAAAGCAAGUUAUGUGGAAGCCGUCAUCUGCCCCGACGGGGAGUCGGAGUGCCCCGAUGGAACCACGUGUUGUCAGCUCCCAGACAGCAGCUGGGGUUGCUGCCCCAUGGCCAAGGCAGUGUGCUGUGAGGACAGAAAACAUUGCUGCCCUGAGGGUACCAAGUGUGACCUCGAACACUCGAAGUGUUUGUACCCCACCCAAGGUGAAACCAUAAUUGUGAAGAAGUUCCCUGCCAGAAGGAGAGCAUCUCCAGAGGACCAUGGGAGGAGAGCUGCAAAUACUCCAGGUGGAAAGAGCCAGUACUCUGGUGGACAGACCCCUCUGAGAAGGAAGCUGACUGCAGCCCCCAGUGAUGUGAUAUGCCCAGACGUGGUGUCCAGGUGCCCGAAUGAGAUGACUUGCUGCCAGCUGAGCAAUGGGAGCUACGGGUGCUGCCCCAUGCCUAGAGCUGUUUGCUGUUCUGACUUCCUCCACUGCUGUCCUGAUGGCACCAAGUGUGAUCUGGCCCACAGCACCUGCGUGUCUUCUGGGGGGAGCAGUGUAUCCUGGGCUGCCAAGCUUCCUGCAAAGCCGGCUCCUCAGGCAGAGAGAGGCAACGUUGUCCCAUGUAACGACACUGUCGCCUGCCCUGACAACACGACCUGCUGUAAGAUGGCCGCAGAGCAGUGGGCGUGCUGCCCUUUCUCGCAGGCAGUGUGCUGUGACGACCACAUGCACUGCUGCCCCCACGGCACCAUCUGUAACCUGGUCUCCAGCACCUGUGACACUCCCACCAGCCCCGUGCCCCGGCUAGACAAGCGUCAGCCGGACGACCAAUGCAACAGCACCGCCUCCUGUCCGGGCCAGGCCACCUGCUGCAGGACGCCCAACGGAGACUGGGCUUGCUGCCCACUCCCUCAGGCAGUGUGCUGCGACGACCAUAUUCACUGCUGUCCCCACGGACACACCUGCAAUGUGGCGGCCGGCACCUGCGACAGCCCCUCAGGGCCUGUCCCCUGGCGGGAGAAGAGACCCGCACGCAUCUCAGAAGCUGAUGAGAAGUGCGACGAGCAGACUGUCUGCCCCAGUGGGACCACGUGCUGCAGGCAGAAUUCCAGAGAGUGGGCUUGCUGCCCCCUUCCCCAUGCAGUAUGCUGUGAUGACCACGAACACUGCUGCCCCAAAGGGUACAAGUGUGACGUCUCCCAGAAGACGUGCAACAAACCAGGGGCCCCCGGCCUUUCAUGGGCCCAAAAGCUGCCUGCCCAGAUGAAGCAUGGUGCUGAGGCCAACGUGAGCGCCCCCUUUGGGGGAAAGGAUAAGUGUGACCCCUAUUCCAGCUGUCCCAAAGAUAACACCUGCUGUUACAUGAAUAAAGUUGGCAGAUGGGGCUGCUGUCCACUGCCAAAGGCAGUGUGCUGUAAAGAUGGAGACCACUGUUGUCCGAAUGGCUACCAGUGCGACCAGAGACAGGAGUCCUGCAUCAGAGGAGGCCUGGUGAUUGGCUGGUACCGGAAGCUGGAGGCUCAGUCUCAUCCCAUUACGGCCUCCGACGUGAAGUGUGACACUCAGAGCAGCUGCCCCACUGGAACCACCUGCUGCCCCCUGUCUACGGGACAGUGGGGUUGCUGCCCGCUGGUCCAGGCCGUCUGCUGCGCCGACCACGAACACUGCUGUCCCCAGGGCUACACCUGUAACAUGAAGUCCGGCACGUGUGACAAGGAAGAGGGACACGUCAUCCAGAAAGUUCCCGUGAGGCCGAUUUCUGGGUCGGACCCGAAGGGAGCUGGAAAGGCCGACAGCCAGUGCAGUCACUGCUCAGAGGGAGAGACCUGCUGCUGGAGCUCACAUACAUCUGAGGCCUGCUGCCCAUGGCCUGAGGCCGUGUGCUGUAGUGACAUGACACACUGCUGCCCUGCGGGGUACACCUGUGACCUGGAGGCUGGUUCCUGUAGCAGACCCAAUCAGCUCAGCUGGGAUUUCCUUCUGACACGCGACAGCAGAGCCGUAACUCCGGUGUGACAGAGAGCCUUACUGAUGUCCAGAGCUCUUCAUCAAAACCUGAGGACAGCAGACAAUAUAUUUUAGACUUAAUUAUGAUUUUGUGUUUUUUUUUUUCUCCUCCUGGGUUCUCUCCUUUGGUGAGAUGUAUAAAUGGAACUUUUGUUAUAAGCAGACAUUCAUUGAGGAAGCUGAUCUGGUUUCAACUUGGAUGUUUCCUACUGUUUUUCAAACCUCUAGCUCAAACUGAAUCAUUUAUGUCACUGGUAUUACUAACCUUGUUUGGAUGUUUCAUUUGAUAUGUUUUUAAAUUAAUAUCCUAGUUCAAUGUGACACACAGUGCUUUUGGAAUUUUAAAUUUGUUUUCCUAUUUAUAAAAGCGUUUUGUUCCUCUGUCAACUGCCACUGCAGAUUUAAACUUUACCAUGCAAGUACUUAUGAAAUAUAGAUGCAUAUCACUGGUGUGGUGUACCUGCGAGGGAACCACUGGUAAUUACCUUAUCGUAUUCUUCUAAGUUUGUCACCUCGGUGCCCAUGCUUUCUCACAAUCUGAUGAAACUUUCUUGGCAUAUUUUGAGAUUUGCACAUUUGGUUGCAGAAGGCUGAGACAUUACAUUUGCAGAAGGUAACAGAUUACUUGUAUUGCCCUAGAAUGGAUUUGAUGUAUCCAUGCUGGUAGGAUUGACGUUAGUGUUCUUAGAGAAUUUUUCAUUGUUUUUAUAUUUAAUUCUUACAAUUGUUUUUUUCUGAAACUGUCAUUUUGAAAUGUGGAUUUUGAGGGACUCUUACAUUUACCAAAGGAGUUCAAAGUGCAGGACUUUGCAGGUUCAGCAUUUUAUUGCAUGUCAGAUGUGACAUAAUCAGAUUGUUUGGGGUUAAAUAAAAAGAUAGUUACUGCC